CUCCAAAGUUGGCCACCGGUGGAUAACACAAAUGGAAUACCAACCACCUUCAUCAUCUUCUUCUUUAUCAUCAUCAUCAUCAUCAUCAUCAUCAUCUUCAUCUUCAUCUUCUUCCUUAACAUCUUCAACUCCAUCAUCAAUCUCAAAGACUGAAGAACUUGAUUAUCCACUCCAUGCUAUCGGCUUCGAAAUCGAUGAAGUUUCUCCCGCUAAAGUCACCGGCCGUCUUCUUGUCACUCACAAAUGUUGCCAGCCGUUCAAGGUUUUACACGGAGGAGUAUCGGCGUUGAUAGCGGAGUCACUGGCGAGCAUGGGAGCACACAUGGCAAGUGGGCUAAAGCGGGUGGCCGGCAUUCACCUAAGCAUCAACCACAUGAAGGGGGCUAAGCUAGGUGACCUUGUUCUUGCUCAGGCCCUUCCUCUAACACUUGGCCGUACUAUUCAGGUAUGGGAAGUGCAACUUUGGAAAACAGAGCCCAGCAAAACCUUGGUAUCAUCUUCCCGUGUUACUCUGCUUUGCAACCUUCCUGUGCCAGACGAUGCCAAGGAUGCUGAUAAACAUCUUCGAAAAUAUGCCAAACUAUGACUUCUAAGUUCUGAUUGAUUAAUCAUACACCGUAAAUCAAGUUGAAAUGUUAGUACAUAUAUAUUUGUCUAAACACUCUAAAGUAAACCCAGAUAACUUGCAAGUCACAUACAAGGCUAGCAACUGGAGCCAUAGCCAUUGUUAUUUUCUCGUCUGAUCCUCUGUUUAAAGAUGGUAUUUUAGUAAAUUAAGAUGAUGACGAUGAAUUAAUACAAGCUGAUUGAGUCCUCUAAAA